UUACUCACCAAAGUUCAACAACUCUAAAAUGGCAUGGCUUUGGAUUUGGAUCCUUAUUAUCAUUUCCCUCCUAAUUCCUCUCUCUCUUCUCAAAAUCAACGACAAAAAGUUACCUCCUGGUCCAAAAGGAUUUCCCAUUUUCGGCAGUUUUCAUUUGCUAGGAAAACUUCCUCAUAGAGAUCUUCACACACUCUCUCAAAAAUAUGGCCCCAUAAUGCACAUAAAAUUAGGUAUUAUUCCCACAAUUAUCGUUUCUUCCCCUAAUGCAGCCGAGCUCUUUCUCAGGACUUAUGACCAUGUUUUUGCUAGCCGCCCUCAAACAUAUGCUUCCAACUACUUAUUUUAUGGCCAAAAGAAUUUUGGCUUCUCCAAGUAUGGCUCCUAUUGGCGAAAUAUGCGAAAAAUGUGCACGCACGAAUUGCUUUCAAAUCAAAAGGUCUCUAUGUUCGAACCCAUUCGAAGAAACCAGGUGGGAUUGUUGGUUGAGAAUUUGAAGGAAGCUGCAAGAACUCAAGUUGCGGUGAAUCUCAGUAGUAAGGUUUUGUGUGUUGUUAGGGACAUGACAUGUUUGAUGGUUUUUGGGAAGAAAUAUGUUGAAGAUCAGGAAAUGAUAAUGGAUGAGAAGAGUUUUCAUGAUGCUGUAAAAGAGGUAGUGCAGUUAGUUGCGACUCCUAAUUUAAGUGAUUUUAUUCCUUGUGUUGCUUGGUUUGAUUUUCAAGGAAUUAAUCGUAGAGCAAAAUCUCUUCGUAACAUGUUUGAUGGGUUCUUAGAGAGGAUUAUUGAAGAACAUCUUGAUGAUCAGUUUAAGAAUGAAAACAAGAAUCAAGAUUUUGUUGAUGUUUUGUUGGGUUUAAUGGGAUCUCAAAAUAAUGAAUACAACAUUGAUCCAUCCACCAUCAAAGCCUUAAUCCUGGAAAUGGUGAUUACAGCAAUGGAUACAACAGCCACCAACAUUGAUUGGGCAAUAGUUGAGCUCAUUAGACAUCCACAUAUAAUGAAGAAAAUGCAACAAGAACUAGAUAAAGUUGUUGGUUUACAAAGAAUGGUAUUAGAAUCAGAUUUAGAACACUUACAAUACUUGAACAUGGUUAUCAAAGAGGUUCUAAGAUUACAUCCACCAGUUCCAUUACUAGUUCCUCAUGAAUCACUUCAAGAUUGUACAACCAAUGGCUUCCAUAUUCCUAAACAAUCAAGAAUAAUAGUGAAUGCAUGGGCCAUUGGACGAGAUCCAACUGUUUGGAAUGACCCACAAAAGUUCUUCCCCGAAAGGUUCAUUGAUAGUGAAGUUGACUUGAAAGGAAAAGACUUUGAAUUGAUUCCAUUUGGAUCUGGAAGAAGAUGUUGUCCUGGAAUGCAUUUGGGUUUGACUAUGGUUAGGUUAUUGUUAGCUCAACUUGUGCAUGCUUUUUAUUGGGAACUUCCUAAUGGCAUUUUGCCUAACCAAUUGGAUAUGACUGAAGAAUUUGGUUUAACUUGUCCUAGAGCUCAACAUCUUAUGGUUACUCCUAUUUAUCGUCUAAUUCUUUGAGGAGUAAAUGCAUAAAUCGUAAGACUAUGAUCUAUAUAUAUG